GAUUUCACGUGUUGAUGCAGCAGAUAUAAAUAUUUCUAAUUGAAUUCAGCAAAUAUCAUGGUGGGGUGUUUUGAUUAGCCAUACUAGAGGUUGAUAUAUUACUUAACUUUACUUAAUAUGGAAAAUUAUUACUAUAAAUAGAUGAUACUCGGAGUUGUAAUUCUUCACUUCAAUAGUUCAAUAUAAUCAAAGUAAUAUUAAAAAAAAAAAAAAUGGAGAAGCAAUUGAUUUCUAAGUUGGCUCUCUUAGCUUUUUUGUUGCUCACUAUCUCUGCUCCAGCAGCAAUGGGAAAAUUUCAAGCAGACGGCGGUGUGAGUGAUGAGGCAAGGCCUAAAGUCGAAAAGGUUACGAUCAUUCAAGAGAUGAUAGAAGAAGGAAAUAAGUUGGAUGAGCUACAUCAUCAACAACCUAAUAACAAUGUAAAUGCAAAUGCCUAUCACCAGCAACUCAUGACAAGUAGAAACCCAAAUGGACUGAAAGAAGCCAUGAUCGCUUACUCAAUCGCGCAACAAAUGGGGACACUCCAGUGUAUGGCUGCAGGUACUAGAGGCCAGUGUUUCAUGAACCUCCAGUGUUGUAAUUGGUACUGUGAACUCUUCUUUAACCAACCUUCACUUUGCCAUUAAACUCGGAUCUUCGAAAUUGCACUUGGAACUGAUAACAAAGGACCUAAUGUUAAGCUAGUGAUCUGUUAAUGUUUUAGUUGUACUUCAAUUUUAAGAAAUUUUUUUAAAAGGUGGA